GCUAGUUGGCAAUUAAUAUUAUUCUAGAUGAUGAAUCAUUUAGUAUCAAAAUGUCGACUCUUACGGUUGAUGAUUCGUCCGUCACUCAAUUAAGGCCACAUAAAUUAAAAUGGACUAUAAACGACUUUCAUCUUAGAGGUUUUGGAGAAACAAUAUCAAGUGAGUUAUUUUCUAAGGAUGUUGCUGGUAAUACUUUAUGUUGGAAAUUGAAAUUGUUCAGCACCACGGAUGGCUCGAUACAUUGCAGUAUUUUUAAAUGCUUUGACCCCCCUAUUGAUAUAUAUGCAGAAGUGUCCAUAAUAGAUUCUGAAGGGUGGCCAAUUUCCGGAAAUUGCGGCAAGUAUAUGUCUACUAGUAAUUCUAUUGACAUACUUAUAUGUCAUAUGAGCAGGCUAAGAGCAUCAAGACACUUCCCUGACAACACCUUAACUAUAUAUUGUGAAAUUUAUCUUAAAAACAAUUGUGUGAUUAUAAAACAAUCAGAUUUUUUUGAAUCACGUUAUGAGAAGUUGAAUUCUGAUUUUGCCAACCUUUUUCUAAAUCCGAAGUUUGCCGAUGUAACAAUAAAAGUGAAGGAUGGUCAUGAAUUUAAAGCUCAUAAAGCUAUAUUAUCUGCUCGUAGUGAAGUCUUCGCUGCAUUGUUUGAUCAUAAAAUGAAGGAAAAUGACGAGAACUGUGUUGCCAUAACCGAUGUUGAUAGUGCCGUAUGUGAGGAAAUGCUGCGUUUUAUUUACUCUGGCAAAGUGAAAAAUUUAAGUACAACGUUAGAACAACUUUUAAUUGCAGCCGAUAAGUACCAAUUGCCAGAUCUAAAAUCCGAGUGUGAGCGACAACUGUAUACUGAAUUCAAUCUAGAUGCUCGUACUAAUAAUUGAUAUAGUGUACUAAUAUUUGUUACAUCGUUAUAGAUUGUAUCGUUUGAAAAACAUACUAUAAAAUUUAAAAUAAAAUAAUCGGUUGAAUUUGGAAAAA